AUUGUCACUAUAUACGUGAUGCGAUUCAUGAGGGACUUCUUAUUACUCAUCAUGUUUAUACUAGUGAGCAGUUAGCUGACAUUUUUACUAAAGCUUUGGGACAACGUCAGUUUUCAUACUUACUUCACAAGUUGGGCAUUUAUGAUCCACCUGCUCCAACUUGAGGGGGUGUUAGGCCGUAUAUUUAUUAGAAUAAGAGCUAGUGUAUUUUUUAGCCUUGUAAAUAUAUUUGGGCCUAAUUUAAGUAAGGUUAUUUAAGGCCCUAAUCUCAUGUACCUAUAAAUAUAUUUUUUAGAUGCACAGCAAGGUAGAGGAGCAGACAUUUUACAUGCUUAACAAGCUGUCUCAAUUCUUUUCUUAUCUCUGAUCUUGGAUUCUUAAACCCAGAAAGACCAGAACAUAAUCAUCACAUUAGUGCAAGAAAUAAUCAAAACGAUGUCGUUUACUUCAUCUCUAGCAAAUCCUCAAUCUUUAACACUAUUCUCUAACUCUUCGAAUAGAAAACACAGAUUUGGUAAUUUUUGUUCUCCAUCUUUCCGCUUCACUGCUUCUGCUGAAAUUCCUGAUUAUCUGUCUGCUGAUUGGUGAUUUUCUACUUUUUAGAUAAUCCAUUAAUAACUAUUAUAAUCAUGCUUGUCCUAGUCUAACUAUUUGUUUUUCUUCGUAAUUCUAUGUAGACUGUUACUGUAUGUUAACCAGUUUUUAAGCAGUGAUAAUUAGUAGCAAUUUCAGGUGGAUAACGUGGGUUAGCCGUAAAUGGACUUAACCUGGUUUGGGUUUUUAAUUUUUGGAAAAGUUGUCAUCUUGGUAAUGAGUAAUUUAAUACUUAUAAUUCAUUAAUCAUUGCGCGAUACAUCAAGGUGAUGUUUGGUUUUGAAAAAACAAUUUCGUUGGAAAAUAGUUCUUCGUAUAAACUAUUUUUCUAUGGAAAGUGCAAUUGUGCAAAUGAUGGUUGAUGUUAUCUAUUUGGUUUGGUUGGAAACUCUCAUGAGGAUUGGAGUUGUUGGGGACGGAAUGGCGGAAGAAAUUGUUUUACUUCCAAUUUUGGAGGAAAGUGUUUUUCAAUUUAGUUUCUUGUCAAACCAAUCAACAGAGUUUUCCGGAAAAAUGUUUUUCCCCGAGAAAUUUUACUGCUUAAAUUCUGUGGCGGGGAGAUAUAGAAAUGACUCAUUUAUGAGGAAGGAUUUAGUAGCCAAUUGCUUGUGUACCAAUGCAUUUUGGCUUAGCAGAUGAAUGCUCUACGUGGCUGCCUUUUAGCUUGGUAAUUGAAUUGCUUGUCCUUGCUCAUCACUGCCUUUUGUGGCUCAUUGUAUCCAAGUCUCAGAUCCAAACGUGUAUGUAUCACACUUUUUGUCUCUUAACAUAUUAAUAUUAAACUCAUUUGGACAUACUUAUUGCUUACUAUAGGUAUUCAAAAUAGAUCUAACGACUCGAUUAUCACCCGUCUUUAUAACCAAAUUUAAUUUAGACCCAACUUAAAAAUGGAUUCACAAUCAUGUGAAUACCAAUGUAGACACAAAAUCUGAUUUUGAACUGACUCGAAACACCUGACUCGAAAUCAAUCCGAUAACCCGAAUGAAUACCACUAGCGCCUACGUUAAGGUCUCUAUUAGGUUAUGAUUAAUGAGUAAGAACACUUGGACUCUUACCCUGUAAUUUUUUAUUAUAACUCGUGUUUCGUGUACUUUAUUUACUCAGUUAUGGUUUGUUCACUUGGUUAUUGUCAUGAAAAUGAUGUUGGUUCUUAUGGAUUUGAAUGUGGUUCAAAUUGAAACAUGGAAUCUGGACAAGUAAUUUAACCUCACAAGUCAUAUGGAAACUUGAUAACUAUCGGGUUGGGUGAAUGUUAUCCAUGAGUCUUAGUCUUAUAGGCAACUUUCUAAUAGCCUUAUUUACUUGGCAUUAGGCAAUUAGAUAUGUUUCCUUUACUAAGAUUCAUGUUGGUAGCUUUGCCGAGUCUUUCAUAAUAAUUCUUUGUUGAACAUGCGGCGAUUGUUGACCUUGAGAGACAUUACAAUGAUCUCACUCGACAUGUGAUGCAUUUUCUGGUAGCAAAAUUUUAGGCGUUGAUUUUUUGUACCUUUCUUAUAAAAAUUUUAAUAACUUUUUUAAUACUUUUUUUGUUUGUCUUUGUUUAUGAUUGAAAUAUGGUAUCACGAGCAAAGUGCACAGUACGUGGGAGAUUUUGGUGCUCGUUAUCGACUUUUAUGCUUCUUUUUGAACAAAGUGUUUUAUGGUGGACGUACUCACGUAUAUUUGAGGGAUGCUUAUUUUACGGUGGACGUAGUCAGGCUUGAAGCUCGCAAAAAGAGACCUUUCGGUCCAACACUAAAUUUUAGUGCAGAGGAAGCUGUUAGCCACCAGCUUGAUGCUUUGAAGUACAAUGACCAACCUCACCAAGAUUAUGGGAUUGAAGUUCUGUAUAGGUUUGCUGGAUUUGAUCCUUUCGAGAGAUCUACUUAUUUCGGACCACAUUUUGAUUUAGGGCAGUUCGAACGCUUUAGACGAAUAUUUCAUCAUUCAAGCUACCGAGUGUUGCUUGGUCAUAAAGAAAGGAAAAUACUGAGCAGUUUACAGGUUAAGGAGGAUCGCUUCAAGCAACGAGUAUGGGUGCAGGGAACACGUCCAGGACAAGAAGAAAUAUUUGAGUUUACCAUGGUUCAGAAACUUGGUGGCUGCUGGGAUGGUUAUUGGCUCACCGAGAGUUUACAUCAUGACGGAGACAGCUUUUCCGGUGGCAUGGCUUACUGAGGCGUGGCACAUUACAAUGUUGUCCCGACCUAAUAUGUACAUAUUAAGCUCUAACUAUUUACUUGUGCAGCUAAAUCGUGCUUGUGUAAAUUGUUGUUACUUCUGUGUAUAAUGCUAAUAGGCUGUAUUGUAUCUGGGAUGUUCAUUGCUUAAAAAAUCAUCUAUACUUUUGUUCAUA